GUAUCGCCUUUAUGGCCAAUGGAAACAUCUCAGCUGCCAGGGCGAACCGGUUCUACUGAGAAAGCGGACGCUCAUCCUCCUACGAACUAAGGCAAUCAUGAAGCGCCUGAGUAAGGAGAAUGUGAAACAGCUGGGCCGUCACCUUGGCAAACUGUCGCACAGCAAUCCGGGAGUCCUGUUUGACUAUGUGAGUUUGCUGACUCUCAAAAAUGAAGUCUAUCUCCUACCCCCUCUGCCCGUCCUACAGUCCAUCCAGAUGUUCACUAAUCUCAUUGGCCCUGUUGUGGACGCCCUGAAGUAUGUCAGCAGUCUGGGCUACGAUGUACUUGCAUUCUGCUUGAUCGAGGCGUUGGCGUCGGACAGGUCCAAACUCGACGAUCUGCAGAAGAGCCAAAGCCUACAAGCUCUGUCCAGUUUCACGGGUCUUCUCUGUAAAAAAUACCAGUUUGAUCUCUCUGGCAUUCUUCAAUAUGUGCUCAACCAACUUAAGGCCGGCAGAAGGUGA